GUGCAAUGAACACAGUCCGCCCACUGGCGCUCCGAGCUGUCAUUCCAUCUUAGCCCCGCCCCUUCCCUCCGUGAGAAGCUUCCGGUUACAGUGAGUGGGGAAGGAGCCAUUCAGAGCGGAGGGGGAAUAUUCUGAUGCAGCUUCUUCUUCCUGCCCCGGGCAGACAGGCGAUUGCUGACGAUGCCGAGUUGCAUAGUAAAAGGCUGCAUUCACAAGAGCGGCCAGAAGGCGUUACACCCGGAUGUGGUCAUGCACCCCUUCCCGCACAAUCGGGAGCAGAUCAAGAACUGGGUGCUGCAGACCGGUCAGUACACUGAGGAUCUCGAGACCAUGACUGACAGAAUCGUCAAGGGCCUAAAACAUUCCAGUUUCCGAAUGUGCUCGAAACACUUUACAGAAAACUGUUACAUGAUGAAAAACACCAAAAAGGUCCUGAAACCGAACGCCGUGCCGACUAUAUUUCCCACGAUCCCGAGGCCGACGGUAAUCACCGCCCAACCUUUACCCGUACUGUUACCCCCUGCCAAACGGCAACGGGUAGACAACAACCACGAAGAACAACAACCGUCGACUUCGACGACCAUCGUACGGAUAGUGUCCCGACUUGCGACCGUUUCGACGCAAACAAAAGCGAGAAUGUUCGCUAAUUACAACGUGGAAACGAUGGAUAUUUAUAAGAACGUCGGGAUACAGAAUACGGUGGUUAUGAAGGACAUGUCCACGCAAACGCACGACGUGGCACCUACAGACGUUCCCAGCACCACCAAGGACCGCCCAUAUCCGGUGUUCUACCCCGUUCUAGUCAAACCCGAAUCCAUGCCAGGCAUGAAUAAAAUAACUUCGAUUUUACAAUCCCCUUCUGUUGCCAUUCAGUUUGUUCCGCCAACCAGAUCCGCCCUUAUGGGAAAUGGUGAAAGAUCCUCGGUCGAAGAUCGAAGAGACGAGGCGACUUUUAAAAUUCAAGAACGGGCUGGAAGUCGAGAUGAGGGAACGACGACGGGGAACGGCGAUUAUAUCAAGCAGAGAAAGUUCAUCGUAUACGAAGACCAACUGGAUCUACUACUGCGUCUUGUUCGUUGCCAGCAUAGGUCGGAUCCUCCCUGCCAAGCCCCCAUUACACGUAUUAAAAAGCGCACCGACGGCAGUCUCUUAAACAUACAACUCUGCUGUCUCAACGGACACGACUCUCUCCUGUGGAAUUCUCAACCCACGUCGGGAGAGUUCUCGAUCGGAAACGUUGCUCUCGCCAAUUCGAUGGUUCUGGUGGGAUCGACCUAUCAAAGGAUGAAAGAGUUUUUUCAGCUUAUGAACAUUCCAUUGUUUUCUCGUGCCGCGUUUUACAAAUACCAAAAAGAGUUCAUCUUCUCGGCCAUAGACAUUCAGUGGAAAAAAGAACGCGCGGAGAUCAAACAAUCAUUGGCCGGGAAAGCCGUGGCGUUAGCUGGCGACGGGCAGUUCGACCGCCCCAGUCACAGCGCUACGUAUUGCACGUAUUCCAUGAUGGAGCUGAUGUCCAAAAAGAUUAUCGAUUUCAAAAUUCGACGUGUCGGACCUGGAAAAAAGUCCGAUGGAAUGGAAAUCUCGUUACAUUCGUGCCUGAAAAGUCUAAAGGACGAAAAGAUAAACGUCAGAAUCGUGGCGACCGACAGACACGACGGGAUAAAGAAACUGAUGCGUACGAAGUUCGAGGGCGUCGACCACCAGUUCGACGUCCGGCACAUUUGCAGAAGCCUAAGGAAAAAAUUACUUGCCGCCUCUAGAAAGAAAAACUGCGGCGACGUCGCGUUUUGGAUUAGGCCUAUAACGAACCACAUGUGGUGGGCGGCGCAAACGUGUCGACAAAACGCGGAUCUUCUCGUCGAAAAGUGGAAAUCGGUUCUGUUUCAUAUAUCGAACGAACAUGCGUUCCCUUCGUUUGUACAUUAUAAAAAAUGCCAGCACCGGCGGAUAAUGGCGGCCCAAAGGAGGAGUUAUAGAUGGAUAGGCCCCGCCCACCCUGCUCACUCCGCCUUACGGAAAAUCAUAAUGGAUCCGUUAUUGUUACGCGACCUACGCAAAGUAGGGAAGUUCUGCCAUACGGGCGAACUAGAAAACUUCCGCGGCAAACUCAUAAAGUACAGACCUAAGUGCCUGUCCUUCAAUAGGGACUCGGCGAUUGCCAGGACCUGUCUCGGCGUUUUAGCGCAUAAUAGGAACGUUCACCGACAGGAAGUUGUAAAAAAAAUGGCGAGUCUCGCCAAGCCAAUUUACGACGCUGUCGUCGACGAUCAUCUUUUUGAUAUUCUGUCGGACUCGAUUGACAUUCUGACAGGGAAACUGACUCACCGGUGGCCGUCGGAGACCAAAUCCGUGCCCAAAAAUAUAGCGACAUCCGAUAGGCCAAUCAAAAGCGAGGUCAUAGCCAAUCAUGUUUUUCAGUUCUCGCAUUCCUAGAAUGCAGUAGAACUAAUACUGACAGUGAGCGAUUAAAGGGGCGGUUUAUAUUUAAUGUAACUUUUCAUACGAUGUGGACGUUGAUAUUCUGAGACAAUUUGCAGUUGGUCUUCAUUUUUUGUUCCAUUAUUUAACUUUGUUCAGCAGCUUUCCAUUGUUAUAUUGGCAGGUGUCUGGUUGCUAGGGUCUUAUUUACCCUAGCAAUCAGACUGGUUUAAACGAGAGACGGGAAUAUGAAUAGGGGAGGGAAUAAAAAGUAACAAUAAAACUGGAGCCUCACAGAGCAAUAGGGUUUGGCUGCCGGGGUCACUGACCCCCAAAAGAAAAAGGCUGAACCCCCAAACCCACCCCGAUUGAUCCUGCCGAAUCCCGAACCGAAUCCUAAUUAGCAUUGCGAUGGGAAAAAUGUUUCCCCCUACCGGGACCGUGGAUUUGGCCGAAACCGAAUCCUUCAAAAAAAGCCGAGCCCAAUCCAGGACUCGGUGCAUCCCUACUAUAAAAAAAA